AUGUUUGAUAAGCUGAAAUCGAAAUUAUCGGGAGAUCUGCCUGCUGCAACAAUCCCAUCUGGGAUUGACCGCAAGACGAUUUACCAAUACCGCCAGAACUUCGGUGUGAACUUUGGUUCGGUGUUUGUGCUGGAAAAAUACAUAUUUGACUCGCUCUUUUCAGACACCCAGUACGAGCUCGAUGCUGUGAAGAAGAGCGUGAAGGAGAAAGGCCUCGACCAGACAAGGAAGGACUUUGAGGCCCAUUGGACAGGAUACGCCACCGACGAUGAUUGGAAUUGGCUGAAAUCCAAAGGAGUCCAGUCCAUCCGGCUACCAAUUGGCUAUUGGGAGGUCAACUCGGGGAAGUUUGCCAAGGGCACCUCUUUCGAGUCUGUUGCUGGCGUGUACGAGAAUGCGUGGUCAAUCAUCAAGCAAUUGAUCCAGAAAGCCGCAAAUUACAACAUUUCCGUGCUGGUUGAUUUGCAUGCUGUGCCUCGCGGAGCUAACACCGGAGACCACUCUGGAGAGCACUUCGACCAGGCCGGCUUUUGGAGCAGUUCCAAGUCGAUUGGACUUGCAGUCGAGACGGUGAAGUAUAUGGCUGAGGAAUUGUCUUCUUUUGAGAACAUAUCCGGUCUCCAAGUGGUGAACGAGUCUGUGUUUGACGACAAAGCCUCAGGUCAAAAGAAGUACUACUCUGAAGCAAUCAAGGCCAUCCGUUCGGUGAAUAAAGAUAUUCCAAUUGUGAUCAGUGAUGGAUGGUGGGCAGAUCAGUGGGUGCAAUUUGUGAACGAGAAUUCCAAGAACGGAGACUUGGGAGUGGUUAUCGACGACCACAUCUACAGAUGUUUCAGUGAUGACGAUAAGAAUAAGGGAAUUGACCAGAUCAUCUCUGAUCUCGAGGGAUCUGUUCUGACAGGACUUUCUGGACAAGCAGACUUUUUGAUUGGCGAGUACUCGUGCGUUCUUGACGGCUCAUCGUGGGGCAAGGGCUCUUACGACAGAGGCGAUUGCGUGCGCAAGUAUGGAAACGAGCAGGCAAGGCUUUUCCAGCAGCGUGCCGGCGCAGGAUACUACUUUUGGACUUACAAGUUUCAGCAUGGAGACGGUGGGGAGUGGGGAUUCAGACCGAUGGUGGAUUCCGGAUGCAUUCCGGCCAGAUCCACAGAUCCGCACGUCCCUUCUGACGACGAUAAAAACAGAAUCCUGAACGAAAACCUGUCUGGCCACGAAAAUUACUGGAACCAGCAGAAUCCAAAUGAAAAGUACGAACACUGGAGAUACAAGGAAGGGUUCGAGACCGCAUGGAACGACAGCUUGGAGUUCGCCAAAUUCGACAACUCUAGAAUCGGCCGUCGCGCAGCAUGGAAAGCUGCUAGACGUCAGCAGCACAUCUCUUCCCGUGGAAACAGCGGUUUCAUUUGGGAAUGGGAACAAGGUUUCGAUAAGGCCUUGGAAGCGUUUGGUAGCUAG